AUGGAGAAGUGGAAAAGUGCAGUGAUAGCUUAUAUCAUUAGGGAAGUUCCUGGAUACAACACUAUGAAGAGAAAAAGUCAGAAGAAGCAGCUAACUGAAAUUGUGGAUCUUACGGGAGAUAAACUUAUUCACCCUGACAGCAUAAAGCAGGAAAUUAUUGAGUUUUAUAAGUCUCUAAUAGGAUCAGCGGCCCACUCUCUUCCUGCAAUAAACAGGGUGGUUAUGAGGAAUGGGUCAGUUUUGUCACAACAACAAAAGGUUUCUCUAUGUGCAGAGUUCACUGUUCCAGAAAUCUAUGAUGGAUUAUGUGUUAUUAACAAUGACAAAGCUCCAGGUAUUGAUGGUUACAAUGCCUACUUCUUUAAGAAGGCAUGGAUGAUCAUCAAAGAGGAAGUAUCUCAAGCUGUGAAAGAGUUUUUUAUCACUGGGAAACUGAAAAUUGCUGAUAACAUUAUUCUUGCACAUGAGCUAGUGAAGGCAUAUACAAGGAAACAUAUUUCUGAUAGAUGCAUGAUCAAGAUUGAUCUCCAAAAAGCAUGUGAUUCAGUUGAGUGGAGUUUUUUGGAGUAG